UUCCUGGGCUCCGGGGCCUGGAUUUUAAGCGAUAUAUCAAUAAAUCCCAUCUACCUUCCGGGCACAAGUCCGUCCCCGGGCGCACCCCGCAUGGAAGGUGCUACAGGUAUCAGUUUGGUGUGUGUUCUUGUUUGAUAUCUGUGAGUGCAAGUACAACAACUGGCUUGUUUGCUGCUCCCUCUUGAGUGCCCAGCAGACCCCAAAGAGAUCAAGAGAGACCAAGAUCACUUUCAUGGGAAGGAACAUGAGUUUCCCCUGGAAAUUGCUCAAGAAGAGGAUGGAAGGGGCCAUUUAAAAUAGAUUAGAAGCUGCAGGCUGCAACACUGGGGCCAGAGGGCUGGCUGUGGAAAACUCUGUUGGGUUGUUAUCUCUCACGGAAGAGUUCCAGGUGCCUUUUUGCUUCCUGCAAAGCAAAGGAAGAAAAGGAGAAGACCAUGUCUAUAGCGUUGAAGCAGGUGUUCAACAAGGACAAGACUUUCCGGCCCAAGAGGAAAUUUGAACCUGGCACACAGAGGUUUGAGCUCCACAAGAGGGCUCAGGCAUCCCUCAACUCGGGUGUGGACCUGAAGGCAGCUGUGCAGCUGCCCAGCGGGGAGGACCAGAAUGACUGGGUAGCUGUGCAUGUGGUGGACUUCUUCAAUCGGAUCAACCUUAUCUAUGGCACCAUCUGCGAGUUCUGCACUGAGCAAACCUGCCCUGUGAUGUCGGGGGGCCCCAAAUAUGAAUAUCGGUGGCAGGAUGACCUCAAGUAUAAGAAGCCAACUGCACUGCCAGCUCCCCAGUACAUGAACCUUCUCAUGGAUUGGAUCGAGGUCCAGAUAAACAAUGAAGACAUAUUUCCAACAUGUGUGGGUGUUCCCUUCCCAAAGAACUUCCUUCAGAUCUGCAAGAAGAUCCUGUGCCGCCUUUUUCGGGUCUUUGUCCACGUCUACAUUCACCACUUCGACCGGGUCAUUGUGAUGGGCGCAGAGGCCCAUGUCAACACCUGCUACAAACACUUCUAUUACUUCGUCACAGAGAUGAACCUCAUAGACCGCAAGGAGCUGGAGCCCUUGAAAGAGAUGACGAGCAGGAUGUGUCACUAAUGCCCCACCUGACCCCUUCGAAGAAAGAGGAAAGCUGUUUGUUCCUGGAGUUCCAGGUGGGCAGGUGGGAGACCUCGCGGGAUGAAAUGGUGAUGGACUUCAGGAGCAGGCGAGCUGUAGACAAGGGGUGAUUCCUGAGAGACGUCCCCCAUCCCUUCCUGUGCUCUUAACCCCGAGUGCUGCUAGCCACGACCUGUGCACCAGCCGACCACAGCGUGAGAGAAGGACUGCCCCUCUGCUCCUGGCUCUGGAGGAAGCCUCCUGGUUGUGUGGCAGUUCUGCCUGGGACUUGCGCCCAAGCUGUGCUGGAAUUCAGGUUAUGAGACCGAGAUACUGUUUGUACUUUUCCACCUAUCUGUCUUGUCCACUGGCUGACUUUUCUGUAUGUAUUUUCUAAGUACCAAGUGCAUUUGGAUCUCUGGUUACAAAGCAAAUUUUUCUACAACGAGCCUUCCUUUCAGGUCCCUGAGGACUCCCACCCAGAUCCUGUGGCACUGGCACUGUCUUCCUAACGGGCGGUUUUAUCAGGGACACUCUGAGGGGCGGCUGGUCUCUGCCCCUAACAGGGUCUACACCCUGUAACUACAGGGAAGAGACUGGUUUCUAGCAGGAUGCGACCACAUAACCAGUUCACCCUGAGUGUUCUUUAUAACCACUCCAUUCCCUGUUUCUUCCAUUCGAAAUAUUUUUCCUGUUUCCCAGAAGAGGAACAAAAGGAAGUUAUAAAUGAGUAAGGAUGAUCAGCAGAAGCCCUGAGCCAGACUAGUGCAGUGUUUGUUCUUUAUUAGGGGGUAGGGAGUCAUGGCUGUCUCUGCAUAAUACUAAAAUUUCAGUGAAAAGAAAAAGUACAAUUGCUUACUGGUACAUGUAGCUCAGACUCUCUGAGCAUUGACAUGGAACCUUCCUAGCUGGCCCUCUGAGCUUUUAAAUGCAGCCCAUGUUUUCUUCCUCUUCCUCUUCCUCUUCCGCUGUAUUAUAUUAUGGCAUAAAAUUACUUUCUGUCCCAAUGAGUGUGCCACAGUUGCCAAGGCAACUGUGGAGCUGGAGCUCACUUCCUCCUUCCAUCCUUCCCAGGUCUUGAGCUCCAGUAGACAGAAUAACAUUCUUUGCUACGCCCUGCCUGUUGGAACCUCCAUGAGUUGUGCUUCAAGAAUGUUGCCUUCUCUGAUUCACCCGUGAAUCUACGGUUACCCCGAAAGCCUGUGACUAGGCAGUGAUAAUACUUGCGGUGAUCAUUUGCCUAUGACAAAAUCGCAAUUGGUGGAGGGAAGUAGAUAAGAAUGUAUUAGUGCAUUUUAAUGUGAUACCGAUUAAAGAAUCACUAAACAACUCUGAUUUCGUUUCAUUUCACGUGAAGUAUUGAAGCCAUGGGUGGCUGCCAGAGCCCAGGAAGCAUGAAAUCUUCUUGGUCCAAACUGAGAAAGGGCCGACUGUGGGGCGCGGGGACUUUCUGCGUUGACCUAACCUGGCGAGCCAACCCUUGCUCUGCAUCUCGUCCCAGCUGUCUCUUGGGAUCCAAAUCCUGCUACCUCUCUCCAAAUUGUUGUGCUCUCAACAGGCACUGCCCCGCCCCCAUUUUUGAGACAAGGUAGGCCAAGAUCUUUUAGCAUCAUUUUUGGCUGAAAGAAUAUUUGACUGUGCUAAGAAUCCAGAGAAAAAGAAAUCAAGAACCCCCCUCAAUGCACAGUAAGUACGCUACAUGAAACGCCGGAUGGAGGGACGAGAGGGGCCGGUUGGAAGCGGAAAGCCAGAGUCCUGCGUUAAAAACUGAGUCUUUCCCCGCAUUUCCAUCAAAUAAGAUACUGGACUUGGAAGACAUUUGUCACUAAUUCUUUCUAAUGUUAUUUCUGUUAACUGUUUGUGCAUAUGCAAUUUUCAUUCAACUUAAAAAUCCAAACAUUUUUUCAACUUCUGGAACAGUUCCUCCCUGGUUGCAUUGCUAAUUGCUCUAAUCAGCUCCUCUAGGAUAAGUUCUGGCACACAACUCUCAUUUUUUAAUUACAGAGUAUUUUUGUUCCCACAGACCUUGUUUGGCAAAUCCUAAAGAAAAUCGUUACAGGCGGGUUUUUUGUGUUAGUCUCCCUGGCCCGACUACAUCAUCAGUAUGUAUCUCAUUGUAAGCGGAGGUCUGAGCUCCCGGCAGCCCACAGGUGUCAGUGGCUCUCUGGGCUGAAGACUGACACCUCUGAACCUGGCCUAGGUAGAACCUUGGCUUCUUCCUCUGAACCUGGCUGGCUCCCCUUCAUUUCCCAUGGUUGUUUCAGUUGAAUUAUACAGGUAGCUACUAUUAUUUCUUUCUGAGAAAUUUCAAAAGGGAAAUACUUCAAUGGACAUCAAUAUACCCAUUACCUGCAUCUAUUGUUAACAUUCACUUAAUUGCUAGCAUUUCCAUAUUUUCUCUCUCUCUCUGUAAAUAUACAUUUUUAUUGAUGAACCAUUUCAAAAUAUGUUACAGACAUCAUAAAACUUUAAAAUACUUUAUCAAUUAUGCCCAAAAUGUUUAUCUAUUUUGUUUUAAAUCCAAAAGCUAAUGAAGAAUCACACAUUGCCAUUCGGUUGUCAUUCUCUCAAGGUAAUGGGUUGGAGUUUGUGUGUGUGUCUGUGUGUGUGUGUGUGUGUCCUUCAGGACACUGCCUUAAAAGGUUAGGCCCGUUCCACACUCUGGGACUCUGCUUCUCUGUCAUCUGUCAUUAUUAGAUUCAGGAUAAACUUUUUUAGCAAGAAUGUUAUAUAUAUAAUGUUGUCUCUUUUCUAUUGCAUUAAAUCUGGAAGUGCAUAAUGUCUAGUUGUCUCAUGAUGUUAAGCUUGAUCAGUGGGUUCAGGUGUUUUCUGUCAGACCCACUCAUUAUAAUGUUCUGUAAUUCGUUAUGAAACUCUGAAACUCGGCGCACACACGUUUUACAAAUGUGCACAGCCUUUCUUACUAUUCUCAAGGAGGACCAAGAGCUCCCAAGGAUUGCAACCAUUGCAGUUAGAAGAUGCAGUAGUGACAAAGAACUCAUCUCUUUCCAUUUAACAGAGGUAAAGGGAAACCCAAAUGUUCCCUAUGCAGGCAGUACACAAGCAUGCUGGUUAAUGAGAAGUUACAUGGUCCCUGCAUCCAGAGUGGAAAUGUAUGUAAUGUCUUUUUUUCCCAUCCCCAAUGACCCCUCAUUCAGACCCAUGUUUAUUUUAGAGAGCAUGCACUUUCACUGAAAAGCAUGCAUUUUGUGCCCAAGAGCAAAAAAUUGGGGUGGUGUAGAUAUUACAAAGGGACAAAGUUUGUAUACAGAUAUGAAGUAUAUAUGUGGUAUGAUCAUUUCAUGGGGGUAGAGGAUGAUUUGAAUUAAAUGUCUAAAAUGUUUCUUAGGAGGGUAACAAUUAAAAGGGAGUCAUUUGAGAAUUCUCAUGUAGAGUCAGUUCCUGCUUCCAAAGUGGUUAAUUUUCUCUCUUGAAGUGUUUUCUCAUUUCUGAGGGGCAGAAAUGAAUGAAAGCAACUUUUAGAGAUUUCUUAAUCCGUCCCUUCUACCCUCCCAAACUAUAUGAGUAACAUUCCAGGUGAAAAAAUCAAUUCUACUUUCAAAGACUGUCAGGCAUAGAGAUUCUACAUUGUCCUUGAGUAUAACACACCGAACACUUUACACCAUCUGAAACUUCCAUUCAACUUGAACCAAACUAUUAGCUUUGAGUCUCAGCUCACCUUUUUAGAAUCCCACAUUUUAAAAAGAUCCAAAGGCUAAAUAGAAUAAGUAAAAACAUAAUAAAUGAGAGCUUUAUUUGCAUGCCUAUUAAGUAUUUAAAGACCAACACUGGUUGCCCUUCAGCCUUCUUUCCUUUAACACCCUCCGAUGGACAGAGUCUCCCAGAAGCCUUGUUGCCCUCGUACCCACAUUUCUGUGCCCCCACCUGAAACCUUGCCAAAGCUCCCCCUGUCACUGUGCACUGGAGUGUAACCAGGAGUGAACCGGGAGAAAAUUAUUGCACGUUUUCUACAAAUCAUAUUGUGCCUUUGCUAAAUCCUGACUUGACUGUUAUACAUUUACCAUUUUUUGUUAUAUUUCCCCACACUAAAUUCAUAUCUAUAUUAUAGUCAACUAUUUUGACUCAUCUUGAUUUUUCCUUCCCUCCUACAUUUAACAUUUCUCAUGAGAUCACACUGUCUGCUUUAAACACCUCUUUAAUUGGCAGAGUAUUAAGGGACUGGGAGAGAGUUCUUCUCAGCUCAUGGUGGUGAUUUAUGCCAAUUCAUCAUCCUGGUUGGUCAUGGAUGGAAGCACAGCACUUCCUAUGGUCUCUCACCUUCCACCACAGCCACACCCCUUAGGUUUCACACAGGAGAAAUGUCAUGGGAAAAGCCUGGGCACAUUGUGGAGAAAUGUGUACAAAGGCAAAGUCCUAAAAGGAGUCAGGUGUGUCACUUGGGUAACACUGUUGUCAUUGGUUCUUGGGUCAUUUUGGUCCUUGAUGAUGCAGGUGAUUCUCUUAGAAUUACCCAAACAAACUGUGGUUUGGAAGUAAUAGAUUUUUGCUGCUUUAGAAUGUAUAUCAAUUUAAAAAAAACUUUUUAUAACAGACUCCCUCUGGGCAGUUAUUAAUUCUGAGUAAGAAGAUUUCAGUGAGCAAAUAAGAAUCUUUGUGACUUUUAGAGGGAAGAGUCUGGUUCUAGUCUGACAAUUAAGCUGUUCUAUUACCUUUUAGUGUUCUAAUUCCAAAGUUUUACAAUAUCUUUUCUAAUUGCAUCAGAAAAACAUGAGCACCAUAUUUUUAGCUCCAUUUGUGAUUAAAUUAAGGGUUUGACUAGAAGAACAUACUAACACAGUUAAAUCAGUUAGAAAAGCAAAAUA